AUGGAUAAUUUUCAACAAAAUAACAUAAUCUUAACCGAUUUGGAUUUGUGCAUAAACGCAGAACAAAAUAUUGCAGACAUGAACGAUAUUCAUUUAACGCCGAACGAACUAGCAUUGUCACAAACCGUGGGCGACACCGUCGAAUCUGCACGUUAUUUACAAAGUGCUCUGCAGCCCUCGGUUCAAAGACGUAAACCUGGAAGACAUGUGAUAACUGGAGAAAAUGUUGUCCGUGUGGAGAACAAUACGACGAUGCAGGUAGUAUCAAGUAGAAACAAGAACGUGGUAAAGCAUUAUGGUAGAGUAUUUCUCUGGAACGCUUUAAACGAAGCCCUGCGAGUGGCGGCCGUCCGGCGGUCGCUGAACUUCGUGUUCGCUGUCUAUUUACCACGGCCGAUAGUCAUUAAGACCGGCCAGAUUUCUGCUCUGGGGCCUAUCCCGGUGGCAAGGAUAUUGCCACCAUAG